GAAGCAGAGGAUCUAAAGUUCUCUGUUUUGAAAGGUGAGGAAAUCUUGGUUUUGAGUCUUAACAUAUCAUGAAUUGCCAAACAGGACCUGAGGAGAAAGCCAGAUGGCUGGACUAUAAAGCUUGUCACGCCUCCCUCCAUGCAUUCCCACCCCUUCCCACUUGUCCGUUUGAACUUCACUUCCAUCGAUUGAAAUCUCCACAACCACAACCGCAACCGCUUGUCCAUUCAAACUCUGCAACUCAUUCUUCUCCUGCUCUUCAGCCAUGGUGGUCUGCUCAAAACCUGCAUUAGACACGUUCUUUCUAAUAAAUGACUGCAAACCCACCACCUUUGUUUUUAGAAUUCCUGUUAUAGACCUCUCAAAACCGGAUGCCCAGACCCUUGUUGUCAAGGCCUGUGAAGAAUUCGGAUUCUUCAAGGUGAUCAACCAUGGUGUCCCAAUGGAGUUCAUCUCCAUGUUAGAAUCUGAAGCUGUGAAGUUCUUCUCCUUACCACAGCCUGAGAAAGAGAAAGCUGGCCCUGCUAAUCCAUUUGGGUAUGGAAACAGGAAAAUUGGGCUAAACGGAGAUAUUGGUUGGAUUGAAUAUAUCCUCUUGAGGAGCAAUCCGGAAUUCAUCUCUCAGAAAUCUCUUUCCAUUUUUGGAGAAAGCCCAGAAUUGUUCCGCUCUGCUUUGAAUGCUUAUAUUGCAGCUGUGAAGAGGAUGAGUUGUGAAAUUCUUGAAUUAUUGGCUGAAGGGUUGGGGAUUGAACAGAGGAAUGUGUUCAGCAAGCUUUUGAUGAAGGAGGAAAGCGACUGUCUGUUCAGGAUCAAUCACUACCCACCAUGUCCAGAUGUUCAAGCUCUGACUCGUUCCAAUAUGAUUGGAUUUGGAGAGCAUACAGACCCACAGAUAAUCUCAGUUCUGCACUCGAACAACACUUCAGGCCUUGAAAUCUCUCUCAGAGAUGGGACUUGGGUCUCUGUUCCACCUGACCAGAACUCCUUCUUCAUCAAUGUUGGUGAUUCCCUGCAGGUUAUGACUAAUGGGAGGUUUAAGAGUGUGAAGCAUAGGGUUUUGGCAAAUGGUUCACAGUCUAGAGUUUCAAUGAUCUUCUUUGGGGGACCACCCUUUGAUGAGAAGAUAGCACCAUUACAAUCCCUCAUUGAAGAAGGAGAAGAGAGCUUGUACGAAGAGUUCACUUGGUGUGAAUAUAAGAAGUCAGCUUACAAGUUAAGGUUGGCUGAUAAUAGGCUUCAGCACUUCGAAAAACUGAGGGCAACAGCUGCAGAUGGACUCUAGACCACAUUUUAGUGUUUGAAAAAGACACUUAGUAGAAUGGAUUGGUCAAAGUAGGUUGGACAAGUUGACCAAAUUAGUUAAAGUUUGACAAAGAAA